AGCCAUUUGGCUCUCGGCCAAUCGCAAAAUAUUCCAGAAAGCGAGGCCACGAUCCCUCGGAGCAGUAGUCGAUAAGUUCUAUCCGGGCUCUGCGUCGGUGGUGGCGACUCGCCGGCCAUGGGGGGUUCUGUCUCUCUGCUGACCGCAGGCACCGCUUCCUUUGUCGGCGCCGUGUGCUUCGCAGCUGGCUACGUUCUUUCCGCCCGCUCCUUCCGCACCCUCAAUCACGCCGAUGAUGAUGACGAUAAGGAAAAUCAGAAGAAUAGUAGUAUUAAAGGGGCUCGGUGGCUUCUCUACUUGGUCCAAGAUGUGGUCCGGGGAAAGGCUAGUGAUAAGAACAAAGACGCCAUGACGGUAGUGGAUCGGAAAAGAAAGAAUACCAAGCCCACUCUUUUUGAGAUCGAAAGCCUCGCGGAAAUUCUCGAAGACUUCAAAAUGGUACUCGUUGUCAGAAAUGACUUGAAGAUGGGAAAAGGGAAGAUUGCUGCUCAGUGCAGCCAUGCAACUUUGGGCUUGUAUAAAAAACUCCAUAGCAGAGCGCCCAGAGCGUUAAGCAGGUGGGAAAUGUGUGGACAGGUUAAGGUAGUUUUGAGAACUGAAAGUGAGGAAGAUAUGCUUGUUUUACAGGAAAGAGCAAAGUCCUUGAAGCUACCAACCCAUAUAACAGUUGAUGCCGGAAGGACGCAAAUUGCACCGAAUUCAAGGACAGUGAUGGCGAUUCUUGGACCUGCUGAUGUUGUUGAUGAUGUAACUGGCGGAUUAAAGCUUUUGUAGCAUGGCAUUCAAGGGGAAAAACUGCUCAAGCUGGUAACGUAAGCAGAGGGGUUCAAUCUGAUCUGAAGUUGGAUUAAGUAAACCAACAUUUUUGAGGCUUCUAAUGUGUCAUAUUCUUGAUUUUGCAAAAAAAAAAAAAAGACCUUCAUUCAAAAGAAUUUCAGGUUUGCCUUGCAUAUCUAAAACUCCUGUCUCGUCGCUAGCAGGAUCAGGAGGCUGAGGUGACUAGCGGUAUGUUAUCAGCUUUUUUUUUUUUCAUAUUUCUUUUUCAAUAUGAACACGUUAAAGUUUUUUUCUCCUGUUACAAAUAUUUUAACAUGCAACAAUUAUAAAAUUACAAUAUGGGGUCUACUUCUAUUUUCUGCAUAGUUGUUGACCAAGGCUUAUUUGA